AUGAUACCCUUACACUAUACAUGUCUUGUUGCAGCAUCUUCUGCAUGGACCCCCACACCUAUCAGAGCUCUGGGAUCUCCUCGCCUUCAAGAGAAAGCUAAUUCAGCUCCAGCUAAGUCUGUCACCUACUCAGGGCUACUGCAGCAUGACAGAGACGGUGAUGUAAGCAGUAGCAGAGCCUUUGGGCAGGUGGGAGAGAGGAGGCGGGAGCUGGUGAGGUCACAGACUCUGCCACGUAACAUCGGAGCUCAAGCUCGUAGAUCUAUCUUUGAGAGACUGGACUCUGAAGCUGGCAACAGUCGGCCCAAACCGGUGGACUCGAAACCCAAACUGAAGCGGUCUCAGAGUUUUGGGGUGUCCAGUGCCAGCAGCAUCAAACAGAUCCUUCUUGAGUGGUGCCGCUCCAAAACCAUAGGCUACCAGAACAUUGACAUCCAGAACUUCUCGUCCAGCUGGAGCGACGGGAUGGCGUUCUGCGCUCUGGUCCACUCCUUCUUCCCCACCGAGUUUGACUACAACUCUCUGUCACCCGGCAACCGCAAACACAACUUUGAACUGGCCUUUGGAACUGCAGAAGUGAAGGCCAGCUGUGACCGGCUGAUCGAGGUGGACGACAUGAUGAUCAUGGGUCGUAAACCGGACCCCAUGUGUGUCUUCACCUACGUCCAGUCCCUCUACAACCACCUGCGCAAGUUUGAGUGAAGCUCAUAAAAAAGCAGAUGAUGUCACUUCUGCACAGUUCUUCUUCUCUUCUUAAUUCUUUGUAGCCAGCUGUGAGCUGAGUGGAGCUCCACAGCUGCAUGGGAGAACUUUGAAAAAGACUGCACUGCCCCCUGGUGGUGGAAUAUUCCUCCACACGCUACAGGCAAAGUGCUCACACACAGUGGACAUUAAUUUGUGUGUGUGUGUGUGUCCUGUGAUGUAAUGAAGAAGGUGAAUUUACACACAGAUGUCAGGGUUGGUUUGUCAACAGUAGUUAUUAUUUCUGUGUCUAUGUGUGUGUGUGUGUGUGUGUGUGUGUGUGUGUGUGUGUAUGUGUGUGUGCUGUGUUGUAUGAAUCUUUAUUAUCACUGCACAUGUUUGAAAGUGUGACUUUUAGUAUCUCACCAAAGGAAAUGAUGUAUGUUUCACAAAUGUAUCUGUGGAGUUAAACUGAUCGAGUGUUGCUGACUGAUAUUUACAUCCACAUAUG